AUGGAUGAAGAUGAGUGCUUAAAUGAGAAAGAAGAUGUGAAUGCAGUGGAUGAAGAGGAUUUGGAUGAAACAGAGGAUGAUUCCAUGAAGCAUUGCGGAUUUUUUGAUAUUCAUCGUGACAAGGGUCAGUUAGCAACUACAGGGUUUAAUGAUUGGAGAAAUGUUUUGAAAAGGAUUAGAGAGCAUGAAUCUAGUCGGGAACACAUUGUGUGCAUGAAUCAGUGGGUGGAGUUAGAGCUUAGACUACAGACAAAUCAGACCAUUGAUAAAUAUUCUCAAGGUGAAAUGGAUAAAGAGAGAAUUCACUGGAGGCAGGUAUUGCUUAGAAUUAUUUCUGUGGUAAAGACACUUGCUAAACAAAAUCUAGCUUUUCGUGGAAGCAAUGGAAAGAUUGGAGAAGAUGGCAAUGGGAACUUUUUAAGUUUUAUCGAGAUGCUUGCUGAUUUUGAUCCUAUUAUGAUAGAACAUCUCAGAAGGUAUAAAGAAGGUGAAACUCGUUAUCAUUAUCUCGGCAACAGAAUUCAAAAUGAGUUGAUUGGUUUGUUAGCUAAUGAGAUUAAAGCUACCAUCAUCAAGAAAAUUCAAGCUGCAAAGUUCUUUUCUGUCAUUCUUGACUGUACUCCAGACAUUAGCCAUCAUGAACAAAUGACUGUUGUCAUUCGGUGUGUAGAUGUUUCAGCCACAUCAACUAAGGUCGAAGAAUUUUUCUUAUCAUUUAUAAAAGUUGAUGAUACAUCUGGAGAAGGACUUUUUCGUGAACUUCAGGAUGUGUUGGUUGCUUUUGAUUUGAAAAUUGAGGAUGUGAGGGGGCAAGGCUACGACAAUGGUUCUAACAUGAAGGGAAAACACAAAGGAGUACAGAAAAGAUUACUUGAGAUUAAUCCAAGGGCAUUUUAUACACCUUGUGGCUGUCACAUUCUUAAUCUUGCUCUUUGUGAUAUGGCAACCACUUCUUCAAAGGCCAUCUCGUUUUUUGGAAUUAUUCAGCGCACUUAUUGCUUCUUUGCAGCUUCAGUUAAGCGGUGGAAAAUAUUGGAAGAUAGGGUGGGAGGCCUAACGCUCAAGCCUUUGUCUCAAACUCGUUGGGAAAGUCAUGUGGAAAGUGUUAAGGCAAUCCGAUUUCAAGCUUCUAAAAUUAUGGAUGAUUUAGUUUACAUGGCUGAGAAUAGUAAUGAUCCACAAGAGCAGAGUGAUGCCGAGUGUCUUGCAACAAGUGAAACACAUGGGAUUGAAAGUUUUGAGUUCUUAGUCUCGAUGGUCAUUUGGUAUAAUCUUCUUUCUGCUGUGAACAUUGUGAAGAUUCAGGUUUUGAGAAAGCAAAGUUGGAAGCUAAAGUAA